AUGCUCUUGAUCUUUUUGGCCAUGUUUGCCGCUGUAGCGGCGAGGGAUAAUCACUUCGGGCUACCCUGCCGAUUGUGCCGUUGUUUUGUGGAAUAUACCGAUCGAGAUAUGCGGAUACCGAUCAAACCAUAUGCCAUGGCACUGAAUGGAUAUGACAGUACAGAGGAUAGAUGCUUGGCUACAUGUCUGAUCGACAAGCGCUGCAAGGCCGUGGUCUACGGUAUGAGCGGUGGCCGUCAGGUGUUCACCUGCGAGCUCUACGAGGAGAUUGACGCCCGAUCAAGCCCAAUCUACUCCCCCUACAUGAACAUCUACAUCCCGAGGUCGACGUGUCCAGUCCGGAUCCCGAUCCAGGCCAUCAAAAUGGUGCCCGCCGACGACUCAUCGCUCAAGCGACGCGUCAAAAUGGAGAAGCGGGCAAACAGGAAAAAUCCGUUCUUUGGA